UUGGCCCUGCGCGGGGCCCUGCGGAAGCAGGACGCACUCCUUGGCCUGGCCGCCCUGCUGCCCGGGGCCCUGCGCAACCUCAGCCGCCUGGAGCUGGCCGACAACGGGCUGCUGCUGCUGCCCGCCGGCAUGCUGGGCGCGCUGCCCGCCCUGCGGCACCUAGACCUCAGCAACAACUCGCUGGUGGGGCUGCGGAACGUCUCCUUCCAGGGGCUGGUUCGUCUGCAGAGCCUCAACCUCAGUGACAACUCGCUGGGAGUGCUGCGGAACGGCACCCUGGCCCAGUGGCGCGAGCUGCCCGCCCUGCGGCGCAUCAGCCUCAGCCGCAACACCUGGGUGUGCGACUGUGCCAUCGAGGACAUGGUGGCCUGGCUGAAGGAGAGCGACCAGGUGGAGAGCAAGGAGGCCCUGAGCUGCGCCUUCCCCGAGAAGAUGGCGGGCAGAGCCCUGCUGAAGCUCAACGUGUCAGAGCUCAACUGCUCCACGCCCGUGGACGUGCCCUCCCAGCUACAGACUUCCUACGUCUUCUUAGGGAUAGUCUUGGCUCUCAUCGGGGCAAUUUUCCUCCUGGUUUUGUACUUGAACCGAAAAGGAAUCAAAAAGUGGAUGCACAACAUCAGAGAUGCCUGCAGGGAUCACAUGGAGGGAUAUCACUACAGGUACGAGAUCAACGCCGACCCCAGGUUAACAAACCUCAGCUCCAACUCAGACGUCUGACAGCGCCGCGGCAGUGGCCGUGCACCAUAGCUAUGCAUGACAUAUAGACUGAUGCUUCGCCCUCAUGCUCGCUUCCCUCUCCCCAGAGAAAUCUUGGACGUGCUUGCAGCAUGAAGGGGGGGGAUAUGCCUCUGUGCGUUGCUCAUUGCCAUCCUCCCUUUAUUCCGAGACGCCGGGCAGCUGCGCAUGGUGUUGCACUGUACGCAAGAAACAAGCUGCUACUUCUCCUCUUCCUUACCAGUUCUCAUGGUGGGAAAUUUUUUCAAGAUCUCAAAAAAAGAAAAGGAUACUGUGCUACAAAGCCACCGGAGUUUAUAACAAAUACCUAUACAAACACAAUUAUCAUUCAACAAAAUCUGCCUCAACUUUUUGAGAAAAACGUUAUAAUCCUCUGUGCCAGUUUUAAACCUUGUAUAUCUGAAUUGUGAUGACAAUGUUUUCAUUUCAUAGACUUAGCUUGGGAUUUAGAAAAACAAAAAAAAAUCCUUUUAACAAGUCCUCUGUUACAAAGAAGGAAAUCAAAUAGUGGGCAUGCACAAAUACUUCAUAGUUUAACGUGUUAGGACAUUAUAGUCUCAGUAAAUCACUUACUAUUUUGUACUGUAAUUUUUGAUUGCAGUUUACCUGACAAUGGAUUUUUUUUCUAUACAUAAACUGCAUCUAAACUCCAUUUGAACUGUUCAAUUCAAUAAACACUCUUGCAAGAA